GUGUGUGUGUGUGUGUGUGUGUGUGUGUGUGUGUGUGUGUGUGUGUGUGUGUGCAUGCGUGUGUGUGUGCGUGCAAGCAUCGGCACGCUGAACUUUAUUGUUGAACCUGUACAGUUAGAAACGCCAUGGCAACCACACCCAGAGAGAGAGAGAGAGAGAGAGAGAGAGAGAGAGAGAGAGAGAGAGAGAGAGAGAGAGAGAGAGAGAGAGAGAGAGAGAGAGAGAGAGAGAGAGAGAGAGAGAGAGAGAGAGAGAGAGAGAGAGAGAGAGAGACCCUGGUGACGUCUGUACCUGUCUGGUAUAAGGUUAAACUUGCCGGUAUACAGAGCAGCGCUAACAUGGGCUAUUAGCACGUAGCAUGUAGCCGCGACUGAGUCUUGGACGUUGGGGUGUGUUUGUUUCUCAGCAGUUUGGAGUUACUCAUUCACCGCAGGAGGAACGCCACACCUUACCCUGAAUCACAGGAGACACCAGGAGAGAGCCAGGAGACCGGAGCCACCAGGGGACCCAGGAGAGAGCCAGGAGACCGGAGCCACCAGGGGACCCAGGAGAGAGCCAGGAGACCGGAGCCACCAGGGGACCCAGGAGAGAGCCAGGAGACCGGAGCCACCAGGGGACCCAGGAGAGAGCCAGGAGAGACCGGAGCCACCAGGGGACCCAGGAGAGAGCCAGGAGACCGGAGCCACCAGGGGACCCAGGAGAGAGCCAGGAGACCGGAGCCACCAGGGGACCCAGGAGAGAGCCAGGGGACCCAGGAGAAGUCCCGUCCUGACCCACUAGAGACCACAUCCUCUACAUGGCGGAGUCACCCGUGGAGGAACCUGUUCCAAGGUUGGGGUCACAGGACCCUGGAGAAGACCAGACCACCUCUGAUCAACCAGCUAGUACUACUGAUAGUACUAUUGAUGGUACUAUUGCAAUUACUACUGCUAAUACUACUGCAAGUACUACCACCAGUUCUACUGCAAGUACUGCUGAUAGUACUACUACUACUGAUAGUACUACUGCUGCUGCUCCUGCUGACCCCAGCUCUCCUCCAGCCCCGCCCACCAGCCUGGCCCUGUCGGGGCCCCGCCCCCAGAGGAGGAGGGUCCUGCUGGCCCCCGCCCUCAGCCUGUCUCUAGGAGGCGGUGACUCCCUGGCCUCGGAGGACCUCCCGUUGGGCCUCCUGUCUCCCGACCCGGAGGACGCGGAGCUGGACCGGGUCCUGGACGGCAUGGCCACGCCCUCCGACACCGAGUCCAUGGCCUUCCCCUCCUACGACGCCGACAUGCUGGAUGAGAUGCGGCGUCUGGGUGUGGCCUCCAGCCAUCGUAGGGUGGGUGGCCCCGCCCCUGGAGCGGAGGCGGGGCUGGGCUGCCUGGAGGACGAGGUGGACGACCAGGGCACCAGGUGGCGCCGCUUCAGCCCCGGGGACGAGCCCCAGGAGAGCAGGGUCAACAUGAGCCUCAUCCAGCCCUUCCUCAAGGUGCUGUCCCAUGGAGGUUACUACGGAGACGGUAUGAAUGACAUCAUCGUGUUUUCCUCCUGUUACCUGCCAGAGAACAGUCUGGAAAACUACCAGUCAGUCAUGGACCACCUGUUCAGGUACGUGGUGGGUACGUUAGACCUGAUGGUGUCCCAGGACUACGCUGUGGUCUACCUUUGUGCUGGAGGCCAGAAGGAGAAGCUGCCAGGGAUUGGCUGGCUGAGAGACUGCUACACCACCAUCCAACGCAGACUGAGGAAGAACCUCAAGGCUCUUUAUGUUCUUCACCCCACCUGGUACAUCAAGGCCCUCAUCACCUUCAUCAAGCCCUUCAUCAGUUCUAAGUUCAGCAGGAAGCUUCAGUUUGUGAGCAGCCUGAGUGAACUCUCCCUCCUGGUUCCUACUGAGCAUGUGCAGAUCCCCGACUGUGUCAAACAAUGGGAUCAGAGCGGUCCAGGAUGACGUCACCCCCCGGUGCCUAAGACGUUCUCUGAUCACAUGACCCAUGCUUGAUGUUGUCAUCAGCAAUAAAGGCGUUGACCUCAAA